GGAUCGUUUAGCUGAGCCGCAUAGUUACGGACGCCCGUAAGGACUUCUGCAACCAUUUUAUGGCUAUCGUCCUUCUCCUUCCCUCCGUUUCCUUAUCCUCUGGUUGGCGCCUCCCCAUUUCCGGUACCGGAUACUCGCGGGUCCGAUGCGCUGCUAAUGAACGCCAGGCGCUUUUUAGCCGAAUUGCCCCCGUCUACGACAACUUAAACGAUGUGUUGAGUUUGGGGCAGCACCGGAUAUGGAAACGGAUGUCUGUGUCUUGGAGUGGAGCGAAGAAGAGUGAUUGCGUGUUGGAUUUGUGUUGUGGAAGCGGGGAUUUGGCGUUUCUUUUGUCUGAGAAAGUCGGGUUUGACGGCAAGGUGAUGGGUCUUGAUUUCUCAAAGGAGCAGUUGUUGAUUGCUUCAUCUCGACAACAUAGUCUCUCAAAAGAUUGCUACAAGAACAUUGAGUGGGUUGAAGGUGAUGCAACUGAUUUGCCAUACUCUGAUUGCUUUUUUGAUGCUAUUACGAUUGGUUAUGGGCUACGAAAUGUGGUGCAUAAACGUAAAGCCAUGCAGGAGGUUCUUCGAGUACUAAAACCAGGUGCAAAAGUAUCUAUCCUUGACUUCAAUAAAAGUUCCCAAUCAUUAACUGCCUCAAUUCAGGAAUGGAUGAUUGAUAAUGUUGUUGUUCCAGUGGCAACUAUUUACAGCCUUGCAAAGGAGUAUGAAUAUUUGAAAAGCUCAAUCCAAGAAUUCUUAACAGGAAAAGAAUUGGAGAGGCUAGCUUUAGAAAUUGGAUUUUCUGAUGCCAAACAUUAUGAGAUUGCUGGAGGCCUCAUGGGUAACUUAGUAGCGACAUGCUAGAUGGGAUCUGCGUAAUCCUGGAAAGUUUGUCAGUACCUACUUGGGCCUGUCCUUGUUGAGAAUGAUAUAUGUUAAAUUUAACAGCAAAAUGUAUGCCUGGAUAGCCUAGCCUUGAUGUUCUUUGUAUUCUAUUGAAGUUAAUGAGUCUGAAUAUAAUGUUCUUUAAGUAAUAUCAUACAAGCUUUACUUUC